AUGCAACGAACAUUUCUUUUUGCGGCACGCCGCAGCGCGCCUGCCAUUCGUUUCUUCUCCAGCACUGCUACCCGCGCUGCGAUCAACAAAAUAUACCCUUCCGCACAGGAUGCCAUCAAGGAUAUGAAAUCGGAUACGACUGUCCUUGUCGGCGGUUUUGGAUUCUCCGGCGUACCAAACACGCUCAUCAACGCGGUGCGUGACCGUUCAGAUCUCAAGAACUUCACGGUCGUGAGCAACAAUGCGGGCAUGCCAGGCGUGGGGCUUGGCCAAUGGCUGGACACCAAGCAGGUCGGCAAGAUGAUUGCCAGUUACAUCGGAGAUAACAAGACAUUUGAGCAAAUGUACUUGAAGGGCCAACUUGCGCUGGAAUUGACUCCGCAAGGCACGAUCGCGGAGAAGUGUGCGGCAGGAGCGGCAGGUGUUCCGGCUUUCUACACACCCGCCGCUUACGGAACAAUAGUACAAACCGGCGAGCUCCCCGUCCAGUACAACACUGAUGGAACGAUCGCCAAAAUGGCGCCUCCUAAAGAAACUCGCGAAUUCAACGGCAAGGCAUACGUGAUGGAAGAAGCCAUCUUCGGCGACUACGCCUUCGUUAAGGUCGCGAAAGCUGACCGUCUCGGCAACUGUACCUUCCGUAAAGCGCAAAACAACUUCAACGAGGCGAUGGGCAAGAACGCAAAGUUGACGAUUGUGGAGGCCGACGAGAUAGUCGACGAGAUUGCACCGGAAGAAAUUCACCUGCAGGGUAUCUACGUCAAGAGGGUUAUCAAGAGCACUGAAGAGAAGAAGAUCGAGCGCUUGGUGCACUACAAGGACCCUGAAGAGCAGAAGCGUGCGAUCCUCGAAGGCUCCUCCGAAGCAUCUCAAAAACGCGAGCGUAUCAUCAAGCGAGCGGCGCAAGAGCUCAAGGACGGCAUGUACGUCAAUCUCGGGAUCGGCAUGCCGCUUGCUGCCCCUGCCUUCCUUCCCAAAGGUGUCGAAAUCGUUCUGGAAUCGGAGAACGGCAUUCUCGGGAUGGGCGGAUACCCCAAGCCCGGAGAGGAGGACCCAGACCUGAUCAACGCUGGCAAAGAGACUGUCACUUUGAUCAAGGGUGCUUCGACGUUUGGUAGCCACGAGUCAUUUGGCAUGAUCAGGUCAGGCAGGAUCGACGUUGCCAUGCUUGGAGCUAUGCAGGUCAAUACCUAUGGAGAUCUUGCCAACUUCAUGCUUCCCGGAAAGGUCAAGGGUAUCGGUGGUGCCAUGGAUCUUGUCGCCAACCCCUCGCAAACUAAGGUGGUCAUCACCAUGGAGCAUACCGACAAGAAGGGCAACCCCAAGAUCCUCAAGCAGUGCACAUUCCCCCUGACCGGCCAGAAGUGCGUAUCGACCAUCAUCACUGACCUUGCCGUCUUCGAUGUCAGCCCGAUGGAUGGGCUCACGCUCAAGGAGUACGCAAAGGGUGUCACUGUCGAUGAAAUCAAGGCAAAGACUGAGGCUCCCUUCAAGGUUGCCGAUGAUCUGAAGGAGAUGCAAAUAUAG